AGCGCAUUCGUUCAGUUAUUCGUUCGUCGACUUCAUUCUUUCUUGUUGGCACUUCAUGUGAAUGGCAAUACACUUGACCAUCACUCCUCCUUUGAUGAUCACUUUGAAGAGGUGCAAUCACGACUGCCCCACAUUCCAAGUGCGCAUCAAGAUGCUCCGUCGCUUCUUCUCUUCCUCGGCCGCUCACCGCAUGGUGCAGCAGCGCGUACAGGGUCAACUAUCUCUGCUAGCCAAGGAUUCUUCACCUCCGUCCACGCGCGUGGUGUUCGUGUCUCGCUCGGCCACCGCUGACCUGCAGAGCUCACUGCCAUUCCCCGUGUCCGCCGCCGCUCUACGGGACUUCAAGGCCAAGCCGCAAGAGAAAUUGUAUCUAUACCCGAGCGAGGACAGUGACGCUUUCAAAGACCAGCGUGUGCUGCUCGUCGGGCUUGGAGACGCUGACAAGGUGACGCCUAACGUCCUGCGUGACGCUACACACGGUGCGUUGAACGCUCUCAAGGCGAAGCGUGCCAAGGAUGUUGUGGUUCAAGUACCCAAGCUCGAAGGCUGUACAAUGGACACUACACGCAUCGUGGAACUUCUUUCCCAAGCAUCGAUGCUGUCCAACUACCAGUUCGACCAGUACCUGACGGACUCCAAGGACGCCUACGGAGAGAGCAAGCUGCGUCUGCCUCUGGAACAGAUCUACCUGGACGCGUCGGCCGAAUUCCAGAAGAAUGUGUCUGAGCAAGCGACUGUGGGCGAAGAAACGAUCUUUGCACGCAACCUUGGCAAUGGGCGCUCGCACAUUGUGAACCCGGCGUUCAUGGAGGAGGUGGCGCGUGCGUCGACUGAACUUCCCAACAUGAUGGUCCGCGUGCUGCAGCGGGAAGAUCUAGAGAAGGAAGGCAUGAACAUGUUCCUGAGUGUUGGUCAGGCAGGUGUGUGUCCUCCUCGUCUAGUUAUAUUGGAGUACACCGGCAAUCCGGACUCGGACGAGAAGGUCGCUCUGGUUGGCAAGGGCAUCACGUUCGACACUGGUGGCUUGAACCUCAAACCGACAGGUGCUAUUGAAGACAUGCACACGGACAUGUGCGGUUCUGCUGCUGUUCUUGGAGCCGUCCGCGCUGCAUCACGUCAGGGUCUCAAGGUCAACAUCGUCUGUGCCCUUGCUCUGGCGGAGAAUGCGAUCGGAUCCAAGGCAGUGAAGCCGCUAACGAUUGUCAAGUCCCACAAGGGUAUCACGGUCGAGAACAACAACACGGAUGCUGAAGGGCGUCUGGUGCUUGGUGACGCAAUGUCAUACGUCCAGAAGGAGUACAAACCCAAGAAAAUCAUCGACGUAGCAACGCUCACUGGUGCGUGCAUGGUUGCGCUGGGUGAGCACUGCGCUGGGUUGUUCUCCAACUCAGACGAUCUGGCCAAGAAGCUGCAGGAGACUAGUACGGAGUGUCACGAACGCUGCUGGCGCUUGCCGAUUCUACCCGAGCACGUUGCCGCCCUCAAGGGUUCGCAGUCGGACUCUCGUAGCACUGGUCGCGGUCGCUAUGGUGGCGCCUCCACUGCUGCAGCGUUCCUACAGCAGUUCGUGUACGAAGGCGUCGACUGGGCACACCUCGACAUUGCUGGGCCAUCGAACUACAGCUCUCCCAAGUCUUACUUCCCCAAGGGUGCCACGGGUUUCGGCGUUCAACUGCUCUACACGUACCUGAAGGAGCACGAGCAGCACUAGAGGUACUGUCCUUUCAAUUGGGUGUCGAUUGCAUAGCAUCUCACCCCAAGGACUCACCUGCGUCGUGUUUGUUACUCAAUAGAAAUGGCAAAUAUGAAGCAUGUUGAAGCUAUGAAAUCCAGUAUUGCACAC